GAUCCUUCAGUUGGACGCCUGUGUUUGGCUGCCGAAAGCCAUAUCGCUGGCGCGAAUGCUUGGCCUUGACACUGCCCUGAAGCAGGGCAUCUUUGCCACGUACGUGGGCCUAUGGACCUCCUCCCAUCUGCUGGUCUACUCCUCGCGCCUGCGGGGCGCCCCCAGCUACAACGCCACCUCGGUGGUGCUGCUGACGGAGACGGUGAAGCUGGGCCUGGCCACGGCGAUGUACGUUGUCUAUGACGGCUCCUUCGCAGAGAUGCUGAAGGUCUCACGGCGAGAAGUGCAUGUACUGGUGAAGUAUGCCAUCCCGGCAGUGCUGUAUGCCCUGUACAACAACUUGCUCUUCGUGAACCUUGCAGCCUUUGACCCAGGAACCUACAACGUCUUGAUCCAGCUGAAGAUAGCUUUGACUGGAGUGCUCUAUCAGGUCCUGUUCUCAAAGCGGCUGAAUCGCAACCAGUGGUCGGCAAUCCUGCUCAUCACGCUCGGCUGCAUGUGCAAGGAGUCUGGCAAAGUCACCAAGUUUGGUUUUCAGGCGAACUUGAGCUCGUGGUUCCUGUUGCUGGUGCAGAUGCUGUGCUCCGUGCUCGCCGGGGUUUACAACGAGGUGCUGCUGAAGGGUUCGGACUCUGGCAAGAGUGGCGUCACCACCAACUUGCAGAACGUUUUCAUGUACCUUCAGUCAAUCCUGGUGAACGGUGUGGUCCUAGCUUGGAAGGGCGAGUUGGCUGCGGCAGCCUCGCCUGACAACCUGCGCGCGGUGGCAUCGCCGCGGGUGCUUGGCAUCAUUGGCAUCAUGUCCACGGUGGGUCUUGUCACCGGCUUCUUCCUGAAACACCUGGACUCGGUGAGGAAAGCGGUCGCCUCUGCGCUGGAGGUGGUUUUCACCAUGCUGCUGGGCUUCCUGCUCUUCGGCGCGCCGCUGGGGCUAGGCGGGGCUCUCUCUGCGCUGCUGGUGUCCGUCGGAGUGGCGCUGUACUCCCGACCGGUGCCUUCCCGACAGCCAGAGGAGGAGCUGAAGGUGGUGUGAGCA